GUCUGUUUCGUGGCCGCCUCCGACACCUGGGUAGCUGUUCUUUGCUGUGGAACUCUGCGCGUGGACCGGCGUCGGCCUGGGCGGGGCCAGGGUUCCGUCUGCGCCGCAGAAUGGAGAUAAUCCGGAGCAAUUUUAAGAUUAAUCUUCACAAAGUGUACCAGGCCAUAGAGGAGGCUGACUUCUUCGCCAUCGAUGGGGAGUUUUCAGGAAUCAGCGAUGGACCUUCCGUCACUGCAUUAACAAGUGGUUUUGAUACCCCAGAAGAGCGAUAUCAGAAGCUUAAAAAGCAUUCUAUGGACUUUUUGCUGUUUCAGUUUGGCCUUUGCGCUUUUAAGUAUGACCACACAGAUUCCAAGCAUAUAACGAAGUCGUUUAACUUCUAUGUUUUCCCCAAGCCUUUCAGUAGGUCCUCACCGGACGUCAAGUUUGUUUGUCAGAGUUCCAGCAUCGACUUCCUAGCAAGCCAAGGAUUUGACUUUAAUAAAGUGUUUUGCAGUGGAAUUCCAUAUCUGAAUCAAGAAGAAGAAAGACAGCUGAGAGAGCAAUUUGAUGAAAAACGUUCUCAGGCCAAUGGGGCAGGAAUUAUGGCAAAAUGUCCUGUGACAGUUCCUGAGGACCAGAAGAAGUUCAUUGACCAAGUAGUAGAGAAGAUAGAGGAUUUCCUACAAAAUGAAGAGAAGAAGAUCUUGGAUCUAGAGCCGUGCACUGGGUUCCAAAGAAAACUUAUUUAUCAGACUUUGAGUUGGAAGUUUCCCAAAGGCAUUCAUGUUGAGACGUUAGAAACUGAAAAGAAGGAGAGACACAUACUUAUCAGCAAAGUGGAUGAGGAAGAGCGCAAGAGGAGAGAGCAAGAGAAGUACGCAAAGGAGCAGGAGGAACUGAAUGAUGCUGUGGGAUUUUCAAGAGUCAUCCAUGCCAUUGCUAAUUCGGGAAAACUGGUUGUUGGACACAAUAUGCUCUUGGAUGUUAUGCACACAAUUCACCAGUUCUACUGCCCUCUGCCUGUGGACCUGAACCAGUUUAAGGAGAUGACAACAUGUGUCUUCCCCAGACUCUUGGAUACUAAACUGAUGGCCAGCACACAGCCUUUUAAGGAUAUCAUUAACAACACAUCCCUUGCAGAGCUGGAAAAGCGCUUAAAAGAGACACCCUUUGACCCUCCUAAAGUUGAAAGCGCAGAAGGCUUUCCGAGCUACAACACUGCUUCUGAGCAGCUCCAUGAGGCAGGGUAUGAUGCUUACAUCACAGGACUCUGCUUCAUCUCCAUGGCAAAUUACCUAGGUUCUUUACUUGGGCCUUCAAAAGUGUGUGUGUCUGCCAGAUCAAAACUCAUUGAACCCUUUUUUAACAAGCUAUUUCUCAUGAGGGUCAUGGACAUUCCCUAUUUAAACUUGGAAGGGCCAGACUUGCAGCCUAAACGCGACCAUGUUCUCCACGUGACGUUCCCCAAAGAGUGGAAGACAAGCGACCUUUACCAGCUCUUCAGCGCCUUUGGUAACAUUCAGAUAUCCUGGAUUGAUGACACCUCAGCCUUCGUUUCUCUCAGCCAGCCCGAACAAGUACAAAUUGCUGUUAAUACCAGCAAAUACGCUGAAAGUUACCGGAUCCAGACCUAUGCUGAGUAUGUGGGGAAGAAGCGGGAAGACAAGCAGGUCAAGAGGAAGUGGACAGAAGACAGCUGGAAGGAGGUGGACAGGAAGCAGCCAGGCCCCUGUUCCCACACCAACAGCUUCACAGCAACUGGCGUGAUUGGAAAGAGAAAUCUGAGUCCUGACCCACAGGAAGCUGGCUCGGAGGACAGAGAAUUGGAGGAGAUAACUGACUCUGAACUUGACCAGAUGGAUUCCUGUGCAGACCCCCUCCCAGAGGGAAGGAAAAAGGCCAAGAAGCUAAAGAGAUUAAAGAAAGGAACUGUUGCAGAUAGCCCUGCCAUGCUCUUCGAAGUCCCUGACACGUGGUAAUAGAGACCAGAGUGGAGCACACUGAGCGUGCUGCUGCUGAGAGAGAGCUAUUUGGAAGCCAUACUGUAUUCACUUAAUCAGAUGAGGCAUGGGAGGGCUUAGAACCAAGUUUAUUUCCUUUUUUGGCUAUCUCUAUCUUCCCGUUCCAUCUAAACUGACCAUUGGCACACGUCAUGAUUGAGGACUGUUGCAGGUGUGUGUGUUAUUAACUAAUUACUUCCUGCUCCUGGGAAACCUGUCUGGCCCCAUGAGUGUUGGCAAGCCUGCCCGGGAAGGAAAUCAGCUGUGAACCACGCCAGGAGAGCCAGCCUCCAGGGUGUUAUGAUCAUACUCUCCGUUCAGCCUGUGGUGCCGUCACAGGUCAUGGUCACUGACUCCCGACGAGUUAGUGGUUGUACCCUACUUCCCACCAUCACUGCUUAGGAACAGCACACAGGCUCGUCCUUUCCAUGCCGUCUUCCCGUGCUGACCCAGGGUCAUCCCAGCAGAUACCUGGGCUUUGAGAGCGUCCUUUCAGGUUACUUUCCCUCUGAUGCAAGUCUCUCAUGUGUGGGGUGUGUGGUGUGUGAGUGAGAAGCUGGCUUUUCUGUUCCUGUGCACAGUGCCAGAUUCAUGGUGAAGUGGAUUCACCUGCUUGUCUUUACCGUGCAUUUUUGUGUAUCUGGUUACGUGUGUGUGUGUGUGUGUGUGUGUGUGUGUGUGUGUGUGUGUGCGCGCGCGCGCAUGCGUGUGAGAGACAGUGGCAGAACUGCAGCAUGCAUCCAGCCCUCAUGGGACAAGUUCCACAGUGGCAGAGCACCAUGCACUCCUGCGGGACUCCAUGGCCAACACUUCUGGACAUGGAAUGCUUUUGUAUCAUGAAAAUAAAAAUGAAUUUCAAAAAGAUGGAAUUAAAGAAAAUGUCAUAAAAA